AUGGCGGAGGCGGUGGCGGUGGCUUACGAGGAGCAGCGGCAGAGGCAGAUAGAGGCGAACAAGCCGAAGCUGGAGGAGCUGCAGCUCCACCGCCUCUCCGCCGCCGUCAGAGAGGCCGCCGCUGCUGCCAAACCCUCGUCGGCCAAGAAGGGGAAGGCGCAGGUGCCGCGGGACGGUGUCGCCGCCGGCGCGGAGCCGCUACGGCGGUCCGGCCGACUCGCCGACCUCCCCGAGAAGCCCGUGUACUACCAUGUCAGGGUCAGGAAGCUCAAGUAUAAUGCGCGGGUGCCGCUGGACGCUGCCGAGAGGAGCUACGCCAUCUCUAAGGCUGAGGAGCUGGUGCAAGAUCUGGGCUCCAGCUUCCCCGUCUUCAUCCAGCCCAUGAUACAGUCCCAUGUCACCAGAGGCUUCUGGCUGGGCCUCCCGACGUAUUUCUGCCGGAAGCACCUGCCGAAGAGUGAUGAGACGAUCACCCUGGUGGAUGAGGAGGAUGACGAGUCAGACACGCUCUACCUCGCAAGGAAGGCUGGCCUCAGCACUGGAUGGAAAGGGUUCGCCAUCGAGCACAAGCUGCAUGAUGGAGAUUGCUUGGUCUUCCAACUGGUUGAGCAGACAAGGUUCAAGCACAGUUAUGGAGGCGGGAGCGUUGGACAAGCUCGCAUCUGGAAAUUGCUGGGUGUCUUGAACCUUUUGGGUGGCAGAAAGUUAGCUGAUGUAUAA